GACGACAAACUUCGGUACAAACAACUCUUGUACAUGGCCAAUCAACUCGAACCCAUUCCGGAAAGUUCCCAAAUUCCGGAAAACAAGGUACCCGGCUGUCUAUCGACCGUCUUUGUCGACGGCACGGCGAAAUAUUCCGACAACGGCCAAGACGUACUGAUAUACUUUCGGGGAGAUUCCGACGGUCUCUUGACCAAGGGAUUGGUGGCCUUGCUCGUCCGUGGUUUGUCGGGAAAUACCGCGGAAUCCAUUCAAAAGAUCGAUCCAGCUUUUAUCCAAAAGGCGGGCAUUGCCGCGUCGCUGACGCCCGGACGGAACAACGGUUUCCUCAACAUGUUGGCCACCAUGAAGAGGAAAGCAACGCAAUUGGCC